CUAUUUCCUUUCUGCUCAAAGUUCCUCUUUGCUGAACUUCGUGGAGUGGAGCUUGUUGUUGGUGUGUGUGAAGAAACUAAGGAUGAUGAAAGAACCUGUAGAAGAACCGCCAAUCAAAGAACCUUCAGCAGCAGCAGAAGAGCUUGCCACCGUGCGCACAGAGUUUGUGUCAAGGGUGUCACCAGAAAUCCUCACACAGCUCCUUGAGGACCUUGUAACAAGUCAGGUCUUCAAUGAUUUGGAAAAACGGAGGAUACUAGAGGGGAACCCAGUCACAGCAGAUAGGGCACGCUGCACCAUCGACAUAGUGAUCAAUAAAGGAAACAAAGCCAGCAGGAUAAUGAUCAGCCAUCUUUGUACCAAAGAUCCAUGUCUCUGGUCUGAGAUAUGUUUAUCCUCUGAUCAGCAACGUUUGUUGAAAUAUACUCUUAAAAAUUGUCAGCCUGGGCUUAAAUCUGCACUGAAGAAGAAGUUCCAGUGUGUGUUUGAGGGGAUUGCUAAAGCAGGAAACCCAACCCUUCUGAAUCAGAUCUACACAGAGCUCUACAUCACAGAGGGAGGGACUGCAGAGGUCAAUGAUGAACAUGAGGUCAGACAGAUUGAAACAGCAUCCAGGAAACCAGACAGACCAGAAACAACCAUCAGACAAGAAGACAUCUUUAAAGCCUCACCUGGAAGAGAUGAACCAAUCAGAACAGUGCUGACAAAGGGAGUGGCUGGCAUUGGGAAAACAGUCUUAACACAGAAAUACACCCUGGACUGGGCUGAAGACAAAGCCAACCAGGACAUCCAGUUCAUAUUUCCAUUCACUUUCAGAGAGCUGAAUGUGCUGAAAGAGGAAAAGUUCAGCUUGGUGGAACUUGUUCAUCACUUCUUUACUGAAACCAAAAAAGCAGGAAUCUGCAGCUUUGAAGACUUCCAGGUUGUGUUCAUCUUUGAUGGUCUGGAUGAGUGUCGACUUCCUCUGGACUUCCACAAAACUACAAUCCUAACUGACCCUAGAAAGUCCACCUCAGUGGAUGUGCUGCUGAUAAACCUCAUCAGGGGGAAACUGCUUCCCUCUGCUCGCCUCUGGAUAACCACACGACCUGCAGCAGCCAAUCAGAUCCCUCCUGACUGUGUUGUCAGGGUGACAGAGGUCAGAGGGUUCACUGACCCACAGAAGGAGGAGUACUUCAGGAAGAGAUUCAGAGACGAGGAGCAGGCCAGCAGGAUCAUCUCCCACAUCAAGACAUCACGAAGCCUCCACAUCAUGUGCCACAUCCCAGUCUUCUGCUGGAUCACUGCUACAGUUCUGGAAGAUGUGCUGGGAACCAGAGAGGGAGGACAGCUGCCCAAGACCCUGACUGAGAUGUACAUCCACUUCCUGGUGGUUCAGGCCAAAGUGAAGAAGAUCAAGUAUGAUGGAGGAGCUGAGACAGAUCCACACUGGAGUCCAGACAGCAGGAAGAUGAUUGAGUCUCUCGGAAAACUGGCUUUUGAUCAGCUGCAGAAAGGAAACCUGAUCUUCUAUGAAUCAGACCUGACAGAGUGUGGCAUCGAUAUCAGAGCAGCCUCAGUGUACUCAGGAGUGUUCACACAGAUCUUUAAAGAGGAGAGAGGACUGUACCAAGACAAGGUGUUCUGCUUCAUCCAUCUCAGUGUUCAGGAGUUUCUGGCUGCUCUUCAUGUCCAUCUGACCUUCAUCAACUCUGGACUCAAUCUGCUGGAAGAACAACAAACAAACUCACAGAACUCUGAAACAAAAGAGCCUACAGAGGCAGACUUUUAUGAGACUGCUCUGAACAAGACCUUACAGAGUCCAGAUGGACACCUGGACUUGUUACUCCGCUUCCUCCUGGGUCUUUCACUGCAGACCAAUCAGACUCUCCUACGAGGUCUGCUGACACAGACAGGAAGUAGCUCACAGACCAAUAAGAAAACGGUCCAGUACAUCAAAGAGAAGCUCAGUGAGGAUCUGUCUGCAGAGAAAAGCAUCAAUCUGUUCCACUGUCUGAAUGAACUGAAUGAUCGUUCUCUAGUGGAGCAGAUCCAACAGUCCCUGAGAUCAGGAAGUCUCUCCACAGAUAAACUGUCUCCUGCUCAGUGGUCAGCUCUGGUCUUCAUCUUACUGUCAUCAGAAGAAGAUCUGGAUGAGUUUGACCUUAAGAAAUACUCUGCUUCAGAGGAGGCUCUUCUGAGAAUGCUGCCAGUGGUCAAAGCCUCCAACAAAGCUCUGUGA